CUUAUACACGUCACCUAUACGGUGCAUUGAAUGACUUCGCUAUAGUUAUAGCCAAAGCUACUAGUUGAACCAGCCAUUUCCCAAUCUUGACACCGACCAGUGAACACCCUCAUACGAAAACAAAAUGACGACUUACAAGUUACAGUAUUUCGAUGGUCGUGGUCGAGGGGAGGUUAUUCGCAUGCUGCUAAGUUUGGGCGGCAAGAAGUUCGAAGAUGUGCGAUACAGUAUGGCGCAGUGGGGUGAUGUAAAGAAAGAUCUACCGCUUGCACAACUGCCCAUACUACACGUUGACGGCAAACCACUCCUUGAUAGUUCGGCCAUUUCUUCUUAUUUGGCAAGAGAGUUUGGAUACUACGGCAGUAACAAUUGGGAGGCCGCGCUGAUUGACCAAGUUGUGGGCGUAAUAAUCGAUCUGUGGACCCCUCUUGUCAUGACAAUAUUCCUCCCAGACGAAGCAGCUCAGUUAGCAAAACAGAAGGAGAUCUUUGAUGGGAAGGCACACGGUUUUCUGAAGUUUCUUGAAGAUGCACUGUGUAAGAAUAAAGAGGGAGAUGGGUUCUUCGUUGGUGAUAAGAUCUCUCUUGCUGAUCUAAACUUCCACACCUCAUGGGAAACUCUGCAGAAUCUAAAAUACACCGAAAAGAACUUGGAUAAAUACCCCAAGUUAGCGGCCCUUCAAGCUCGCCUCUCGGCCGAUAAAGACCUAUCGGGAUAUCUAGCUGCAAGGCCAAAGCAUAACGUUUAGACUUACUUCUUGGGAGCAGUCAUCAUGAACACAGGAAUUACUGGACUGUUGAAUCGACACUGUUAACUGGUUACAGUGAAAUCGAACACAAUCAAAUAUCUCAAAAUGGCGAAACUUUUUAAGUAAUGUCCUUUUUUACCUAAAGGUUAUUCGAGUAUUCAUAGGAGGCCUAUCGGUGACCAAAGUGCAGGGCAUUGUCAAUAA